AUGAGUCGACAGUGCUAUACCUCCAGCUCUCUCCUGGGAAGAAGGGGGUUUUCCUCUGCGUCUGCUGUCUGUGGCCUUGGCAGAGGCAACAGCAGCUCGGCCUCCGUCUGCCAGCCGGUGGCAAGAAGAUGUGGAAUUGGUGGCUUCAGCAGCCGCAGCGUCUGUGACCUGGGACGAGGGCAAAGGAUUUCCUUCGGCGGGAGCUGCCGCAGUGGGGUCUAUGGAGGCACCGGCGUGGGACGUUGCGGUGUAGCUUAUGGCGGAGGCCGCUUUGGUGUGGGCUCUGUCGUGGGGUUUGGUAACUGCGGAAGCUAUGGAGGCCUGGGCAGCUACAGAGGCCUUGGGGACGGCGUCGCUAUCGGAGGCUACAGCAGUGGCAUCAGCACUGGACUCACUGGAGGUAGAUCUGAAGGCAUCCGAGGCGUCAGCAUCCACCCGGAGCUCCUCAAGCCCCUCUGCGUAGGGGUCGACCCAGAGGAAUGCCAAGUGCGGACCCAUGAGAAAGAGCAGAUAAAGAACCUCAACAACCAGUUUGCUUGCUUCAUUGACAAGGUCCGGCUGCUGGAGCAGCAGAACAAAGUGCUGACCACCAAGUGGGAGCUGCUGCAGCAGUAUGUUCUCCCAGCUUCCCGGAGAAACUUGGAGCCAGUUUUCGAGAAUUUCAUCUGCAACCUGAGGAAGCAGCUGGAGUGUGUGCUGGGGGAGCGAGAAAGGCUGGAAAACGAGGAGCGGUGCUUGAGGGACCUAGUUCAAGAGUACAAGUGCAAAUAUGAGGAUGAGAUCAACAAGCGCACAGCUGCAGAGAACGAGUUUGUGGUGCUCAAGAAGGAUGUGGACUGUCUUUACCUGACGAAGGAGGAGCUGGAGGUGAGGGUAGGCCUGCUGCGGCAGCAGCUGGAGUUCCUGAAGUGCAUCUAUGCUGAGGAGAGAGCUCAGCUGGAUUGCCAACUGUGCGACACCUCUGUUGUUGUGCAAAUGGACAACAGCCGGGACCUGGACAUGGAGGGCAUCAUCAAGAGUGUUGAGUGCUGCUAUGAGGAGAUUGCCCAGAAGAGUAAGGCUGAAGUUGAGGCUUUCUAUCAAACCAGACUGGAGGAACUCCACAGCAGCAGAGGCAAAUUCUGCGAUGACCUGAGAAACAACCAGAGCGAGAUAGCCGAGCUGAACCGGAUGAUCCAGAAGCUGCAGUGCGAGUCUGAUAACGUGAAAAAACAGAUUGCAGCUCUGCAGACGGCCAUCUGUGAUGCAGAGCAGCGAGGUGACUGUGCCCUCAAAGAUGCUCGGCAGAAGCUGAUUGACCUGCAGACUGCCCUGCAGCAGGCCAAGGACAAAAUGGCAUGCUUGCUGAAAGACUACCAGGAGCUGCUGAACGUCAAGCUGGCUCUGGACAUUGAGAUAGCCACAUAUAGGACACUACUGGAAGGAGAAGAGAGCAGGAUAUGUACUGGCAACCCAGUGAGUGUAGCUGUGGUCAGCGGUGGUGGCACGGUCGGAGAGUGCAGAACCCUAUCUGGAAUCGGAGGCAAAUGCACAGUGAAGACAGGAGGGGCCAGCGCUGGAUUAGGAGUGGUUUCCUCCUUUGGUGGUGGCACCGGAUUUAGCACGCGGAGCGUAGACUGCCUGCCCAGAGUAGGGGGCGGAUUCGGGGCGAGGAGCGCGGUGAGCUGCGUGGGUCGGGAAGUGAUCUCUGGGGCAGACACGGUGCAGUGCUCCCCUGGCGUGGCCAACCUGGGAAGCGUCGUGUGUGCUGGCGUGGAGCAAUGCAACCCAGGAAGUGUCAUCAUUCCUGGGGCUGGGGUCUGUGCCACCGGGAACAGAUACAAUACAGCUGUGCGUGUAGUCAGAACAACCCGGUAG